UACUCUUUCACUGUGUUGUUCAAUACUACGCCUGUAAUGCAUGGGGAUAACCUGAAAGUAUUUACACCAAUAACAGUUGAUAACGUUUCUGAGGAUGUUUUUCUUCUCGGCUCGACGCCAAAUUAUGUACUAAGAUUCACGGCUGAGGAUGGAUUAGACUUUACACAAGCAAAAGCCUUAAAUCUCUUUCCUUAUCUUGUCUUUCUGUACGAUGAUAAAGAUAUGGCGCCUGUGAUGGGAUUCUUUGAAGGUGACACGACUUUGACCUUUAACCUUGAAGCCCCAUCUGAAUCGGUCCAGGUAAUGGUUGCUCCAUCGUUCAAUGGGGUUGACCUACUGCCUACCACCAGGACCGGAUACUACGCCAUCACUUUCUACGAUCCCCCUCCUCAGCUUGACAUGGCUACGCUUUCUUUCAAACCAACAGGAAACGUCCUCGUUCUCGAGUUUCCCACGGAAGUCUCAAUCAAAGACAACAUCCUACCCGAUUGCGAUGCCAUUUUCGUAGCGACGGUUGAAGCAGAAGAAGAGGGCGAAAAUGGGGCGACGCCCACCGACAUGGCUGGGAGCAGAAACCUUCUGGGAGAGGGGAGCCGAUGUUACCUGUCCAGGAACCAUGAGAUGCUGGAGAUCAUGCUUGGUCAAGGAGACAAUCUCAUCGAACCAGGUGAGACUCUCACCGUCCGUGAGGGCGUCAUAUACGGCAUCGGCAAGUACCCGAGCGCAGCGGAGGAGACCGACAUCACCGUAUCAGAGGGGAAUUCUAGUCUAGUGGGCGUGGUUCUUCGUGGCGCCAAGACGGUCAGUAGCUGCGGGAAUGUCUUUAUAUCUGCCCGGGAAACCAUCGGCGGUGCCAGCAGGAGCUUCACGUACAUGUGGACGGUUAGUCCAGCAGAUAGUGAUAAUUUGACCGAGGCCGUAAAUGGCAUAACAACUUCUGAGCUGGACAUUGACAGCAAUCUCCUGACUGAGGAUGUGGUCUAUACUUUCACUGCCUUCGCCACCAAUUUCUUGGGUGGAACUGGUGUCGGGACUUUUGAUGUGGUCCGUACUCCCGACAUGGUCCCGGACAUAACGAUCGUACCAAGUGCCAUUACACCAAGGAGGGUCAUGCUGUCAGAAAGCUUCUAUCUUCACGCCCAAGUCACAUUUUACGCUGACUGCGAAGGCGCUGAACCUCAAGAAAUAGAUUAUAUGUGGAGUGUAGAUCAUGAUGACGUCAUAUUGGAUGAGACGACGAAGAACUCCCGAUCCCUCUACGUACCAGCCUUCUCUCUUCCAGCUGACACUUCCAUCACCUUUACUGUGGCAAUUCAAGGCGUAAAUGGCACUGCCGGUCCGAAUAGUGACAUAACAAUCACAACGCAUUCGUCCGAUCCCGUGGCGGUGAUCGUCGGUGGUCGGGAGAGGGAUAUCGGUAUCGGCAGUGGGAUGGUGGUGCUGGACGGCUCCGCAUCACGUGACCCAGAUCACAGUGGUAACGAUCAUUUAGAGUUCACAUGGAGAUGUGUUCAGAUUCCAGAGAACAUUCUCUGUGUCUCAAACGAGGACGGGUCGUUCUUCCCUGCUCCCGAGCAGGUAGAAUCACCUUCAUUCUCGUUCAAUGCAUCCCAUAUGGCCGCUGGGAAGACAUACGAGUUCACGCUCAUGGUUUCUACCAUGUACAAGGAGAGUCCUUGGACGAGUGUCUUUGUGUAUGCUAUGCCAGGCAACCCUCCUCAGGUCCUGGUGUCUAGACCUGGAGAUGGUCCUGUCCUUGCAACCAAACCUCUAGCCUUGAUUGCACACGUUAUCCACACCGGACCUGUAAAUAUCACAUGGAGCAUCAUUGGUGAAUUUGUCGCGAUGGAUGACACGGACUUCACAGAGAAUGCGAACAACAGAGUUCUUGAUGGGUCAACUUGGUCUGUGGUCCACAUCGAGUCAGAUGUUCUGCGACCAGGAGAAAAGUAUGUCAUCGUAGUCACGGUAACUGAUGAACUUGAUCAGAGCGCAUCUAGCCAGAUGGAACUGAUUGUAGCUAGUGGUGUCUCGUCUUGCCAACUCCAUCUUCAAACUGGAUAUAAUUACACAGAGCUUGAUGAGAUCUCAUUUACAAUUGACCAUUGUGUGACCAAUGAUGGCGCCUAUCCUCUGUCCUAUCAAUUACUAGCUGCUGAUGAAGAUGGCAAUAAAAGGUCAUUGACCCCUGCAGGAGUUCUGCCCGUCAUAGACAUAGUGGGACCACCAGCGCAUGGGCAAGACACCAGCAUAACCUUCGUCGCCUAUGUGUGUAACUCGCAUGGUAGCUGUACCUGUUUUAGUCUGGAUGUAUCUGUCGAGAUGAAAACAGAUCUAGAUUCAGAGGCUGUGAAGGAUGUCAUAGUUUCUCAAGAAACCUUGAAAGGUAAUUACCUGAAGGCCUUCACCAAUCUCAACGCAUUGAUUUACGUCGAAGACCGACUAGAUUCGGACGAGACGCAAGGAAAUCGGCGUCGUCGUCGAGCUAUCGAUACCAGUCCUAAUGAACAAUUGAUGCUACUUUAUAAUGCUAUAACAACAGCAGUUCUUGAUCCGUCAAUGGCUAGCACCCUGAUUGAUGCUUCUAAAUACAUCCCCGUCGAUGAGCUUUCGCCAAAGGAUAGAGAAAAUUUCUUGUGUAUGCUACAAGCUUUGGUUGGGGAAUUUGGUUGCGAUGAUGAGAUCCCUCCAUACAGUGCGUCAGUCGUGUUGUCAAUCGUCCAGCAAAUUAUGUCUAUGACGGAUAAAGAAGAAACGAUGAUGAUGUGCAGGUAUAACAGGCUUGUUUCAGUCACCUGA